AUGUGUUUCGGUGGUAGGGACGACAGUGAGGCGAAGAGGAGCCGGGAGAUCGAUGCUCUCAUCCACCGGGACGAGAAGCAGAUGCAGAAGAUAGUCAAGCUCUUGCUAUUGGGAGCUGGAGAGAGCGGGAAAUCGACGAUCCUGAAGCAGAUGCGAUUGAUCUACACAAAGGAUGGCUUCACCAAGAACGAGAAGGAGGAAUGGCGGGUCAUCAUCUUCAACAAUAUCCUCGACGGUCUACGGAUGUGUAUCGAUGCGAUGGAGGAAUUCAAUAUCGGGUUUGAGUACGAUAAUACAACCGUACAUCUUCCUGUAAUCAUGCAAGAGAAAGACCUUCGACCGUACGAACCCAUCCCCACCGAAUAUCUACGAGCUUUCAAGGACAUGUGGAAAGACCCAGGAAUUCAAAGAGCUAUCGAGAGAGGCAACGAAUUUGCGCUGCACGAUAAUCUGAGCUACUUCUUCAUUGACCUUGAUCGAUUAUUUAGCAAGGAAUUCAUCCCCACCGACCAGGACGUUCUUCGCGCACGACUUCGUACCACCGGCAUUACCGAGACUGUCUUCGAUCUCGGCUCUUUACAAUACAGAAUGUUUGAUGUGGGUGGGCAAAGAUCGGAGAGAAAAAAGUGGAUUCAUUGCUUCGAAAAUGUUAAUGCAUUAAUGUUCUUGGUCGCAAUCAGUGGUUAUGACCAAUGCUUAGCAGAGGAUAAAGAUGGGAAUCAAAUGCAGGAAGCUCUUAUGCUGUGGGAGUCAAUUGCAAACUCUCAUUGGUUCAAGAACUCGGCGCUUAUUCUCUUCUUGAACAAGAUGGAUCUUUUCAAGGCCAAGGUUGCACAUAGCCCGAUUACAAAAUUUGGUUUCUCCGAUUUCCAGGGUGAUACCAAGGACGCGCAACAGACCAGCAAAUACUUCAUGGAUAAAUUCGUGGCAUUGAACCGAAGUCCAGGUCGAGAAGUGUAUUCGCAUUUCACGAAUGCUACCGACACGGAUUUGCUCAAGGUCACGAUGGCUUCGGUCCAGGAUAUGAUCAUCCAGAAGAACCUGCAAAAGUUGAUUUUGUGA